UCCUCAAAUUUUGUUAAGCAAGGCCGAAGAGAGCAAAGAAGUCGAUUGUGUUUUGUUCCUUUCCUUCCCAUCGUCGGAAACAGAUCGUAGGUAGCAGAGAGCCAGAGAUCGCCGUUUUGACGCAACAGAUCUACUAUCAGUCACCUUGGUUCUCUUCAUUUCGGUAAAAUUUUCUUCUGUUGCUUUGAUUCAAUUCCAAUCAAGGUUUGGGAUUUUCUUGAAUUGAUGUGUUUCUAUAUAUAUGUAGUUGUUGUGAAUCCGUAUUGGAACAUUGGGGUUGUUCAAUGGGAGCUUUGAUUUUGUGAAUCCGUAUUUAAACCCUGAAAAUUUUAUACCACCAUUCAACAAUUUCUUCCUCCAAAGACCUAAAUUAGCACCAACAGAGAUGAAGGUUGUUGGACUGUGAAAUUUCUUUCUCUGAAUUAACCUAGGGCCAAGAGAGAGGACAUAUUUUUGGACGUUAGCAAAAAACUGACCUUCGAACAUCCAAGAAAUGGAAAGCGAGAUAUAAUACUGUUUCUUUCUUGCCAGCAGCGGCUUCCGCUCGAUCUCUGGUUUUCGCUUCGGAUGCUGUAAGUUUAUUGUUACACGCAUCCUAUUCAUGAAUCAAUCAAUCCAGAAUCGGACGGGACUCAUGGGACCUCAUUUUUCUCUUCAAGGAUUCAUGCAGUCUCGAUUUCUAAGUAUGCAUUUUUUUUACUUCCUAACUCGGAGUUUAAUGGUCUCAUAUAGAUUAUCUUUGACACCGAAGACACGACACAACUGUGAUUUGGCUUAAAAUUAGUCCCAGUCGUCUUCACCUUCAACAUUUGAAGCUCAUAUUCUCCGUUUUCUUGUUCAUGCAUUCUGAAAAUCAAGGAAAAUUGCAUCCAUUAAGACAGCAAGAUCGUGAAUUUAUUAAGGAAAAUGAGUAGGAGGCUGGUUUUAAAGCAUUCAUUUGCUCUUGUGGGCAUGCUAGUGUGUGUUAGUUGCCUUUUGAUUGUGAUCGGUACUGUUCUUAAGCUUCCAGAGGCGUCACCUAAAAAUAGGGAAAUGGGGAUUUACCAUCCAGCAUUCAAAUCCAGGAAAGUGCCUCAGAAUUUCAAAUUAGGUAAAUUUGGAGAAAUGAUGGUUGAAAUGUUGCCUCAAGAUCUUGCCUUUACAAUUUUUAUUCCUUCAGAGGAAGCUUUCAAGCGUGAUUUACAUUUAUCUGUGAAUGACAGCUUGGUACCGGAGAAAUUUAACGAUACCUAUGCAAUUCUCACUCGCAUAAUGGGAUUUUCAGCUGUCCCUCGGGAGCUAUCUUCAGUUGAUUUGGCUUUUGAUGAGCUAGUGUCCUAUGAUUCUCUAUCAGGGUUCCAAUUAUACAUUGCGAAAGCCAAAGAUAGAAUGCUAGUUGUGAACAGGAUUCGAUCGGAAAUAAUGGAUGUUAGGAAAAGGAAGAUUGUUGUGCAUAUUAUGAACGGUGUUAUUAUGGAUUCUGAUUUUGAGCAAUCUGUUAUAUCUGAUGAUACUGAGGAAUGAAGAGGGUUGAGUGUUUGUUGCUUUGGAUCUAUACUUGUCCAACUAAGCCUACCAUAAAUAAGGUUAAUUCAAUUUGAGCAUUGAACAUACACUCAAUUCGUGGAAUGGUGGCUUCUAAUCUCCUUUGAGUCUGAGUUGAGUGAUCUCCUUUGUCUGAUUCAGAGUGAUCUCAUUUGAGUUCGUCUUUGUCUCUUCAACUUUGCAUGUGGGCUCGCGUGGCCUUUUCACUUGAACUUAUAGUUCAUCUUCGACUUUGCACUUCCAGACUUCACACUUCCAGGUAUCAGAGCAACUCUGAUCUCUGACCCAUGUCGACAUCUUCUCAGUCUAUCACUUUUGCUGGUUCGUCUGGUUCUCUCAAGAAGGAUGUUGUCACAUUACUCAUCUCGUCUCCGUCAAACUUGGCGAGAGCAACUAGUUGAUCUGGAAACACCAAAUUGUUUAUGCUAUAUGAGGUCAUGAACUUGAGAAGUUAUAUUAACAGAUCAGCAUAGCAACCAGUCAAAUAACUGGUGAGCGAUAAUGCGGAUGGAUUCACUGUUAAUCUUGAGUUUCAUCUUUGGCAAAAACUGUUAACUCUGUACAUCUCAAGUCAAAUGAAUAAAUAAAGUAAUGUAUGCGUACCUUAAGAAUUCAUAAGCGCUUGAGAAAUCUCGAUUAUCUCAAGUGUAGAUAGGUGCACAACCCACAGGUCUCCAGAGUUUUCAAAGAAUUCAGAGAUUAUAGAGUAGAAGAAAAAAAAAUUGAGUCGUGUAUUUUCAGUUAUCGACUAAUCAACUUAUAUUGAUCAGAUUUGUAAUCGCCUUAUUAAAUAAUUAAAUAAUUAUAUUAUCUAUUA